CCAAUCCGCUGGCGUAGACGUGUCUCACAGUCAGAGCAUCCUUCCGUCAUGGCGUCUGUUUGGGCGAAAACCUUCACUAACCCGAUGGUCCCGUCUGUUUUAUUCCUGCUACUGCUAUGUCUGCCACCCGGGGGAGGGCAGAAGAAGAAGGAGAACCUGCUGUCAGAGAAGGUUGACCAGAUGAUGGAGUGGUCUUCUCGGCGUUCAGUCGUCCGGAUGAACGGUGACAAGUUCCGUCGUUUUGUCAAGGCCCCACCCAGGAACUACUCUGUCAUCGUCAUGUUCACUGCCCUGCAGCCUCAAAGGCAGUGUUCUGUCUGCAGGCAGGCAAAUGAGGAGUACCAGGUCCUGGCAAACUCGUGGCGUUACUCAUCAGCAUUUUCCAACAGGCUGUUCUUCACGGUAGUGGACUACGAUGAGGGAGCAGAUGUUUUCCAACAGCUGAACAUGAACAGCGCUCCAACCUUCAUGCAUUUUCCGGCUAAGGGAAAGCCAAAGAGAGCUGAUACGUUCGACCUGCAGAGGAUUGGCUUUGCUUCAGAGCAGUUGGCCAAGUGGAUUGCAGACCGAACAGAUGUUCAGAUCCGUGUCUUCCGUCCUCCUAAUUAUUCGGGGACUAUUGCUUUGGCUCUGUUAGUUUCUCUGGUUGGAGGUCUGCUGUAUCUGAGAAGGAACAACUUGGAAUUCAUAUACAACAAGACUGGAUGGGCCAUGGCUGCACUGUGUGUAGUUUUUGCAAUGACAUCCGGUCAGAUGUGGAAUCACAUCAGAGGUCCUCCCUACGCCCACAAAAACCCCCAGAAUGGACAAGUGAGUUAUAUUCAUGGCAGCAGUCAGGCUCAGUUUGUGGCUGAGUCUCACAUCAUCCUUCUUCUGAAUGCUGCAAUCACCAUGGGGAUGGUGCUGCUGAAUGAGGCUGCCACCUCCAAAGGAGACGUUGGCAAGAGGAGAAUCAUCUGCCUGGUUGGCCUUGGCCUGGUGGUGUUUUUCUUCAGCUUCCUGCUCUCCAUUUUCAGGUCCAAGUACCAUGGAUACCCCUACAGCUUCCUUAUUAAGUGAAGAAAGACCGAAGAGGAGGUUAGAGGGUGGCGAAGAGGCGGUAGGUGAGGAGAAGAGGAGGCAAGAAGAUACUUGAAGAAGAGGGGGCAGUGUUAGAAUUGAGUCUAGAGUGCAUGGUUGUUGUUUUUUUUGUUUGUUUGUUUGUUUUUUAUCAUCGAGUGCUUUCAUCAACUCUGCAAACUGAAUAGAAAAUAAAUUAUUCCCACUUACACUGGAAAAUAAAGGUGUUUUGCAUG